CUGGGUACCUGGGUACCUAGGGUCUCCGCCGCCCACACCGAUUUUUUUUCUCACAUUGUCGUGUGAAAUUGAUCGCGAAGCCAAAGUGCAAACUUCAACCCCGUCACUAACCAGCAGCCACUGAAGCCCACCGUUGACCCAGGUCAAUCAACGAUCAACACAAUGGCUUCGAGACCUACCGUCACCAUCAUCGGCAAGGAUGGCAAGUCCUCCGGCAACACCCACACCCUGCCGGCUGUCUUCCUGAGCCCUAUCCGUCCCGAUAUCGUCCAGGAGGUUCACAAGGGCCUGGCCAAGAACAAGCGCCAGCCCUACUCCGUCAGCGAGAAGGCCGGUCACCAGACCUCUGCCGAGUCUUGGGGAACUGGUCGCGCUGUUGCCCGUAUCCCCCGUGUCUCCGGUGGUGGUACUCACCGUGCCGGUCAGGCCGCCUUCGGUAACAUGUGCCGUUCCGGUCGCAUGUUCGCCCCUACCAAGACCUGGCGCAAGUGGCACGUCAAGGUCUCCCAGGGCCAGAGACGUUACGCUACCGUUUCCGCCAUCGCCGCCUCCGGCGUUGCUCCCCUCCUCCAGGCCCGCGGUCACCAGGUCUCCAACGUCCCCGAGGUCCCCCUGGUCGUCGACUCUGCUCUCUUCGAGAACGCCGCUGUCGCCCGCACCUCCGCCGCCGUCUCUCUCCUGAAGACUGUCGGUGCCGCCGACGACGUCGAGAAGGUCAAGAAGUCCAAGAAGCUCCGCGCCGGUAAGGGUAAGCUUCGCGGCCGCCGCCACCGCCAGCGCCGCGGCCCCUUGGUCAUCUACGACCCCGAGGUCGACGGCAAGGAGCUCGUCACCGCGUUCCGCAACGUCCCCGGUGUCGAGACCUCCUCCGUCACCGCCCUCAACCUCCUCCAGCUCGCCCCCGGUGGCCACCUCGGCCGCUUCGUCGUCUGGACCUCUGCCGCCUUCAAGUCCCUGGACACCAUCUACGGCACCACCACCCAGCCCUCCGCCCUCAAGAAGGACUUCCUCCUUCCCUCCAACAUCGUCUCCCAGAGCGACCUGACCCGUCUGAUCAACAGCUCGGAAACCCAGUCCGCCCUCAACGAGCCCAAGGGUUACGCCGUCACCCGCCGCUCCGCGGUCCAGAAGAAGAACCCCCUCAAGAACAAGCAGGUCAUGCUCCGCCUGAACCCCUACGCCUCGGUAUUCGCCAAGGAGGCUGCCCAGAAGAAAUAAACAAUUUCUUACCUGGGACGGGUGUUCUGACGACGGUGGUGGAAUGCAGGUUUCUGAAACGGACGGGGCUACAUUUUAGCAUGGUUUGUGCUUGAGGCGUAAUGGCAACUAGGAAAUGUUGACCUCAAUUCAUCAAUGGACAAAUGAUUCCCUUGAAUUCACACAACAAAAGUCUUGGUGUACUUUGGUCUGCCCCUGGACCGUGACGACUCUAUUCCACGUGAUUAUGACCUUUUCUUGUUUUUGUAUUUUCUCUCUAUUACGUAGUG